AUGAACUAUUCCCACUGCUCUGUAGUGAAUUAUGAAACAUAUCAAUCCCUAUUACUUCGAAGAGAAGAAAUAAUAAUAUGCAAGAUUAGUCUUAACCUGGUCCCACAAACUGAAUACAAACUGGGAUUAAAGAGUUUAAGGUGUAGCUCUGAUUUCAAUCUGUUUUAAAUGAAUCCAGUUUGUGCACACCAAGACAGCUUCACAAUGAGAAUCUAAGCAGAGUGAGGGGAUUUCUACCUUAGAAACACAUGCUGGAUUGAAACUGAAAAAUUAAUGCAGUUGUAUCUUUAGAUCAUCUGAAGGGAUUCAGUGCUUUUGAUGAACUUUCUCCACUGAUUGUCAGUUGGAGACCCAGUAGCUAGAUAAGGCACCUUAAGUUGGGUAUCAUGAGUACCUACCUGCAUCACUGCCCUAUUCUCAUUGCCUGUCUCUUCCUCAUAAUACAGACAGCUAGAAUGACAGCUUAAAGGCACGCCUUGUAGCUCUUCUUAUCUCUUAGUAAUAGCUUGAAGGUGUGUCCUGGAUCAUUUCUUAACCCCAAAACGCUGUUAGCUGUCACCACGACAGUUUAGUAGUUUCUUUGCUUCCUUGACUCUGCUCAGACAUUUGAUUAUUGCUUUUUUUUCAUUUCUUUGAUUUUACUUUGUGCAUUUUGGAAAGCACAAGGCAGACAGUGCUCUUUUGUUAAACAUGUAAGAUUAAGGAUCAUUUAAAGCUGAGUUUAAUUCAAGAAAUCAGUAUGUUAUCACUCUUGUUAUAAUCUCCAAAGAAACUGAAAAAAUAAUGCCUUCCAGUUACCUUUGUAAGAAGCAGAGCUUAGCCUUUGCUCAGGACUUUUUCAUACGUAUGAGCAUGAAACACAGGGCUAUGCCCACAGGUAAAAUAUUUGAUUAAAAGCAAAAAUAGUAGGUUCUUCACAUUAACUUACUAAAUUAUCUAGUAAGAGAGGUUGCCACUGCAUUUUUGUCUCUCAGCUGAGGGUUAGGAGCAAAGUCAGUUAGAACGUGCCCGGACAGAGUGGUCUGGAAACCCUGACUACCAUUUCCUGGACAAUUGGUUUAACUCUCCAGACUGCUAUACAAGUCUGAUGCUUACUCCAGCUGUACUUUUGGAUGAAACUGCCUGUGACUGCUGUACUUUGUGAUGAAAUAAAUGCUGUCCAUGUGUGUUAGAGGUGCUGAGAGAGCACUGAUUGAACUGAUCUCCCAAAGGAGCUGACAUAGACAUGCCUUGUUUGUAAAUCAUAAACAGUCUUACAGCAGAGACAGGCACUGAGAAACCAAGGUGCUGAUACUUCAAGGAACAUACAAGAUUUUCAGCACUGAAUGGCACAACUUCAAACAGGAGGGACAAACUGCAUUCCAUCACACUGCCCAUGGCCAAGGCACUCUUACAGGGAAGUGGAACACAACUUUAAAAGUCACUCUUGCUGAAAGAGUCAAUUUCUGACUGUUCUAGCCAUAAGAUCAUUAUAUUACAGUUGCCAUCAGUACUGUAAUUUGAGUAUGGCAAGAUGUCAAUAUAAGAAAAAUAGCGCUGUGCCUUCAGGAGUGAAUUUUGGAUUGUAGUCUGAACAGGGAUGACUUCAGCUUAAGUUACAGAGAAAAGCACAGUCCCACCCCACAUUCUUUUGUAACAUAUUCAUAAUCUCCAGAUUAAUGAGCACAAGAUUGCUGCUGAUGCAGCACACAGGGCUUCUGAAUUGUCACUUGGAGGCAGCACUCUCCCUUCGCACUGGAAAGGCUUGGAUGCCUACUUUGGAUUCUACAUUUCAUUUUGAGGAUUUAAUCUCGCAAUAACGUAAAUUCUUUACAAGAUUUAGUCUUAAUUUUGCUCUCUAUAAACGUAAUACUAAUUACCUUCACUCUUACCUAACUGCCCAAUUAAUGCGAUGGAUGUGAAAUCUGAUAAUGUAACAUCAAGCAACAUACGUAAAUUAACCUAGUUAAACAGCUUCAAAGCAUCCUAGAGAAGGGAAAAUUUCAGUAUUGCAAGGUUAUUUUGUGCUAAAUAUAGUAGCAUUCUACCUUUAGAAAUAGCACAUGCACCUCUUUAAAGCAGACGAACACUUGGAAGCUGUAUUUUCUAGAAACCUUCAAUUUUGUCUAGUCUUUUUAGAAGAGUGCCCUAAAUUCCCCACCAGUACAUCUACACAAAACACGGUACCUGCAAAUAAGCAAUAAGUAUUUGCAGAUUAGCACAUUUAUGUGGGGGAGAAAAAAAAAAAGAAAAAGAAAAAAGCACGGUACAGAUGCUUAGCUGCUAAAUCACUCUUUCCUUGUGCUGCAGACAUUUAUUUUCAGGUUUGGAGAGCCUUUCUUAAGACUCUGCCUCCUGUUAGAGGGGUUCAGGCAGGGAAUGAUGCCUCCUGCAGGAAAGCCUCCACGAGAAGCUGCCUGAAGGCACGUACAGGUGUGAAAACUUAAUGUAUGCUGCUAGGAAGAAAGCCAAGGCUGGCUUAACACGUUGGUUUUAUAGCUGAAAAAAAGCACCAAAUGGGAAAACGGUGGCAUAGAGAGACUGCAUAGGGCAUUUCUACAUUACUUUAUUCAUAGAAUCAUAGAAUCCGUGAGGUUGGAGAAGACUACCAAGAUCACUUAGUCCAACUGCCACCAGUCUGACCUACUACCCACAUCCCUCCGAGCCACGGUUCUUGAACACAUCCAAGGAUGACGACUCCACCAUCCGGGCAGCUUGCUCCUAUACUUCACUGUUCUUUUCAGGAGCACUGCUUCUCACACCACGUGUCUUUAUCGUGAGCACCUUUAUUACACCCAGAACGGGAAAUUUAAACCCACACCUCUCCACCCCUCCCGCCCUCAGCACGAGGGACGCGACGCCUCUCGCCCAUCGCCGUGCUGAUUGGCUGAGCGCCGCCGUCAAUCAACCCUAAGGCCCGCCCUGCACGCUAGCAGAGCCUUUGUUUCGCGUGGCGCGCUGGUCUCGGUGUGUUCGGCCGUGCUCCCGCUGCCAUUUUGUAGGCUGGCGGAGCGCGGUGGUCUUGUGGUGCUGCUGGCGUCCGGCGUCCGGGUGGCAUCGAACUGCCGUUCUGUGGAGAGAGAUACAGAGUCUGAGCCUUCUGAGAAGUGUGCCCUGAAAGAACACUCCAUGUCGGGUAGACAGAAUGGAACUUCUGACUCCCUCAUCAGACACAGUAGAUAUGAAUCUGAAGAUAAUUCAUACAGAGUGCAGACGAGAAUCCUUGCUUAUAGCAUUCAAGGGUGAACGCAAGGGAGGGUGUGAACCUGACUACCACAUACUACAACAAGAAAUACAACGUGUAUUCAAAGCAAAAGAUAAUGUUGACAUUGGUGGAUCUUGCUUUGUGGAAGACAAAGAAGGAAAUUGGUUUAGAGGAAAAGUUUUGGAAAAAAAAGGGCAUUUUUUUGAGACCUUCCUCAUAGACACUGGGCAAGUGGUAAUGGUUGAGGAAGUGCAUGUUGCUUCUGCUUGUGAUAAAUUUUUCCAGCUGCCACCAAUGAUAGUUUGUGGGAUUUUUGCAAACAUAGUUCCUCUUAGAGAAAAAUGGAGUCCCAAAGCCAUAAAUUAUUUUUCAUCACUGGUGGGAUUAGAGGUCACAGGUCAUGUAGAAGCUGUCACAUCAUACCAGUUGUUUAUUCUUGAAGUACCGAAGAUCAUCAGUGAUGUUCUUGAACUGAACUUAGGGAAACUUGUGGAUAGAGAUUCCUUUCGUCUUAUUGUAGAAAUGUUAAAAGUGUUUCCCCCGCAGUUCAGGACACUGCCACAAUUUCUGCAACAGAAACUUUCAGUCCAGGAGUUACUUAGUUUUAGUAAUCCUGAGAAACCAUCAGACUCUUCCUGGUUAUUUUCAGAUGUUCUUUUUCCGAAUCUACCAGCUGACAGUAGGGUAAGUGUAAAAAUAACUACCGCAGAAAGCCCAAGUAAAUUUUACUGUCAGAUACAGAAAUGGCAAAAAGAGCUGGAAAAUUUGACAGAAGCUAUGUGCUUGUAUUAUGAAGAUAUUAGCACAAAAAAUAAUACAUUUUCUGAUAGUUUAGGACAAUUUUGUGCUGCCAAAAGGAAAAAUGGACAGUGGCAUAGAGGAGUGAUAAGGCAGCUUUUACCAGACUUGUCUGUGGAAGUCUGGUUUAUGGAUUUUGGUAGCAUUGAAGCUGUACCAUCUAGUUGUGUUAAGAAGCUUCUAGCAGAGUUCAUGUCACUACCAAUGAUUUCAUUUCCGUGUGCGCUGUCUUGUUUUGGUAAUGAUGAUAAGGCGGUAAUAAAACUUCAGCUGAAAAGGUUUAUACAAGCCUUGGCAGGACAAAAUUCUGUAUAUAUUUAUGUUAACUCAUUUGAUGCCAGUGCUCACUUGUAUUACAUUACAUUGCCAGGUGAAAAUCUUGGAAUUAAUACUGAGCAUCCAGAAAAGUUGAAUGAAGGAGCUGCCUUAUGUGUCUCACCUUUGGAAACCAAAAUCACCAAUAUUGGUGUAAGCUGCAGAGCACAUGCUGUGUGCUUUACACGCAGUUCUCACAAGUCAUGUGAGAGUUUUGCUGGAAAUAGACAGACAAAAAGCUGCUUACCUGAAUGGGGUGAGACUUUAUCAAGUCAUUGCAAACGUGUAGAAAUGCAGAUGAAUUCUCAUCAUGCUGCUUUUGUGGUGUAUGUCAUAAACCCAUCCAACUUCUGGAUUCAAAUGUGUGCGUAUCAGAAUGAGUUUCAAGCCUUGACAGAAAAUAUUGCAGAUGUGUAUAACCAGUGUGGAGCUGAGGAAAGAGUCCUUAAAAACCCAGAACCUGGAUUACUGUGCUGUGCUCGGUAUAGCAAAGAUGGACAUUAUUAUCGAGGUAUUGUCACUGAAGUGCUUGAUGUAAAUGUUACUGUUUAUUUUUUGGAUUUUGGGAAUACAGACCUAGUGCCCUCUUAUGAUGUGAAAACAUUGCUUCCGGAGUUUUCCAGUUUGCCAGCUUUAGCCAUGUGUUGUGAACUUGCUUGUGCUUUUCCUGUUGAUGAUAUGUGGGUUAAAAAGGAGAAUGAUUUCUUCAAAGAGGUUGUAUCUAACAGAGUACUGAUGUUUCAGGUCAUUGGUAAGCAUGGUAACAAAUACACUGUUAAUGCAUUGUAUAAUAUUGCUUCUCAGAAAUGCAGUGUUGCUGCACUUAUGGUUCAGGCUGGAUAUGCAGAAUACUGGGAAAGGAGAUCAGAUUCUGCUCUGAAUGCGUGCAAAAAAUUCCGAGCCCGGAAUCAAAGCAGAUCUAGACAAAAACAUGUAAAUGCACUGUGUGCCUCUAAAACUUAUAAAAACAGCACAUUACAAAGUAGACGAGUAGUUCAGAAGGAAAAAACAGUAAACAUGCCUUCUGUGCUGAGAAAGUCUGUUACACGGUCCUCGUUCGGAAAAGAUGUUCCCUCUGAAGGUCAUAAAUCGGAGCCUGAGGAAAAAAUACAUUAUAAAGAGUUUGUGUUUAAACCGGGAGCUGUUUUUGAAGUGGUGUGUUCUUACAGUGUUUCCCCAGCAGAUUUUUCAUGCCAGUUGCAAAAUAAACUACCAGAGCUAGAUAGUUUAAUGAAGCAAAUCCAGAAUUACUAUAAAGAACAUACCCAUCCUUACAAAACUGGACAGGUUGCCUGUGUUGUUAAAUGUCCCAAAGAUGGGAAGUGGUACAGAGCAGCUGUUGUACAGCAGAUAUCCUCAGAUGAGGUUGAUGUGAUUUUUGUAGAUUAUGGCUAUCGGGAAAGAGUUGUACUUAAUGAUCUUCAGGCUAUUCUUCCAGAUUUCUUAACUCUGGAAAGUCAGGCAUUUCAGUGUGCACUUAGAAAUGCACCCUUACAGACUGAUGCAUUUAAUUGGCCUGAAGAAGUGUGUAGACACUUUAAAGAUUUCAUUUCUGCUUCUGUUGGACCAUUGACUUGCACUGUCUAUGCUCUUGUUCUUAGUUCAAGCAGUUUAUGCAAUAUAGUUGACUUACAGACUCCAUUUGUUGGUGCAGAGGAGUUUCUCAGGGAAUGUGGACUCAACCACUCUGACUGUAUUGAGUUGCAGAGGCUUGUACCUUUGGGUUCUCUGUACAGUUUUUUCUAUUCAACUUUUAAUAUAAAAAUUGGAAGCGAGGAAGAAAUUUACAUAACUCAUAUACAUAGCUUUUCAAAAUUCUAUUGCCAGCUUAAUCGAAACACUGAAACCAUAGAGGCGUUGAUGAAGAAGGUCAGUGAAACGAGCAAACUGGCAGAUCACACAAAAUGUUAUACUAGCAAUAUGCGAUUAUGUAUAGCUAGAUAUUUUGAAGAUGGUCUCUUUUAUAGAGCUUUGGUCUCUCCUAUGAAAUCAACGUCUUAUUUAUAUGCUGACUUUGUGGAUUUUGGAAAUAAGCAGAUGACAGAGAGAGACCAGGUGAUGCCUCUUCCAGACUCUGCCACAGACCUUAUAUUCACACCCAUGCAAGCUAUUAAAUGCCGUCUGUCAGAUUUCAGGGAGAAAAAUGUUCCAGCAGGUGUUAUUAGAUGGUUUGAGGAGACUUUCCUUGGUAAAUUGCUGAGGGCUGUGAUUGUAUCCAGGGAAUCAAAUGGCCAGAUUGUUGUAGAGCUGUAUGAUGAACAGCUCCAAGUGGGUCAGAAAAUUGAAGAAAAAAUAUUGGAGGAAUUGGCAGUUGUUACGGAUUAUACAGAACGAUAUGCUGGAAAUCAUGAAGUGGCGCAUCACGUGGAAGUUGACAAAGAAGUUAAAGAAGGAAAUGCUAAAAAUCAUGGAAGAAUUGAAUUGAAAACUAAACUGGUACGUCAGGUACGUGACUAUUGCCAGACAGAUGCAGAACAGCAUUUUGGAGAUGAAGAGCAAGCUGAUGGUAGCACACAUGACCUGCAUAGUGAGUCCUCCAGCCCAUUGAGUUCUGAGGACAGUGAAGAGCCACUUUUUCGUGAAACUGUCUGCGCUGUCCUGGAAUGCAGAGAGAAACAUCUGGAUGGAAAGCCUGCUUCUCUAUCACAAUGUUAUCCUUCAGAUUUGAAUGGAAUAGCUAUAAAUGCUCCCUCUGAAUCUUGUACCAAGCAACCAACCAAUACAGGUCGGCAGGAAAAGAGUAAUGAGAACGUUUCUGAAUUAACUAGUCUUCCUCCACGUGAUAUUCAGAUGAAUUCUGAAGUGGAAGUGUAUAUUUCUCACAUAAAUAAUCCAUCAAGUUUCUACAUUCAGUUUGUAGAAGAUGAAAACUUAAUAAUUCAACUAGAAGAAGAAUUAAAUGAAAGUGUGGUGAAUACCCAUCGUGAAAGUGGCUUAGAUGAGCUCAGGGUAGGGGAUCUCAUUUUAGCAGAGCAUGCCGCUGACAGUUUUUACUACAGGGCAGUUAUCAAAGCUCUGAAAUCAGGAAACUCGUAUGAGGUUGAGUUCAUUGACUAUGGUAAUACAGCAGUUGUAAGCCCUUCCAAAAUCUGCGGAAUUCAAAGAAAACUCUUAACUUUUCCGAGGCUCAGCACUCAUUGUUUCCUUAGCAAAGUAAAAACUUCUGAUGAAAGCUGGACUGAUGAAGGUACUUCCUAUUUUCUAAGCAAAAUAAAUGGUAAGCCAGUCACUUGCAAGUUCACAGAACGACAUGGAGAGCAGUGGGAAGUGGAAAUAAUUUGUGAUGGGAAGUCUUUGUCUUAUGAUCUUCAGCAGAGAAAAGGCAAGGCAGGAUUGCAAAACAAACCAGUGCAUGAUUGGGAAAGUAUGCCAAAACAAAUUCAGGUUACAAAUGAGAGUGCUCAAGGUGGGAAGUCCAUGAAUGGCUUAGGGGAUCAGGGGGAAAAUUGUGCUGUUAACAUGAAAAAUACUUCUGAAACACAUAUAGAUAUCCCUCCUCAAGACUUAAGUUCUGAACAAGUAGAAAGAGCAGAAGUAAUGAAUGUUUCAGUGGAUGGGGAAUUUAAUGUGCAGUUAGUUAGAAAUUUGCAAAUAUUAAAUGACUUAAACGUAAUGCUGGUCAAAGAAGCACAAGUAAGUGGUUUGCUUACAGUGGAAAACAUUGAAGAAGGGUUGGAGUGCAUGACAAAAUCUGAAAGGAACUUGAAGUGGUAUCGCUCAAAAGUGAUAAAGAUGUUUAUCAGGGAGAAGCUAAUGCUGGUUUAUUUCAUUGAUUAUGGCAACUGUGAGGUGGUGUCCUUAAAUAAUGCAAAGAGUCUCAGUAAUGAGAUGAAAAGGAUUCCUAAACAAGCUGUGUUUUGUGAAUGGGUUUGGUUUAAAAAACUGAAUAUUCCAUUUGUCCCUAUAGUAAAUGCACUCCUAAGUCGUGAAAUAAGGAUCUUGUUUCUGAGAUAUUUGGAAUCCUCUCAUAUCUGGGAAGUAGAAAUUUUAAUAGGGGAAUUUCUGCUCAUUGAGUACUUGGAUCAGCCUUCAAGCCUUUGUCAGACUAUUGGAUCGGAAAAAUCUGGGAAUGUGGACUGUAAGGAAUUUGCUAAAUCUGUCAGAUUAAAUUCAGUCAUGUGGAUACCUCUGCAAAGUGACGGAAGGUACGCUGGGUUUGCAACUAUGGUUACUGAUCCUUCAAACUUCUGUGUCCAAUUUAAAGACACAUUUGAUUGCAUGAAGAAGUUGACUUUGCUGCUCUCUGAUAUUCCUGAGAACUUGCCUGCUUUGCCUGAAGAAUCUGUAGCUCCUGGUACCAGCUGCUUGAUCCAAUUUGGAGUGGAAGCACAGUGGAACAGGGCAGAGAUUAGUGAAGUGACAAGUCAGUCUGUUGUUCUUACGUUUAUUGAUUAUGGCUUUUUGAAAAGCAUCCCCUAUUCAGCUAUCCAUAAACUUAAAGUUAUUCCAGAAGCUCUGUCUUACUUACCACGCUUGGCAUACUCUUGCUCUUUACAUGGUAUGGUUCCUGCUGCAGGGGAAUACUGGAGUAGUGAAGCCAAGCUUCUGUUUCAAGAGCUUCUUGGUAAACCGGGUCUCAUAUUUCAUUUUAACCACUAUGGCGCUGGAAUGAGAUUAGAGGUUGAUGUUCUGUAUGGGGAGAGUAAUUUGGCUCAUUCCUUAGUUGCUGCUGGCCAUGCAGUCUACUCUACAAGUGGGUGCAGCCUUACUCCACUUGAUAGAAAUGAAUCAGCCAAACUGCGUUUGCAACCUAAUACAAAUUCUAGUUGUAGUAGAAGUUGUGAAGUAGAUUAUAAUUAAAUCAAACACUUUUUUGCUUUACUUUCAUCAGGGGAAAAAAAAGUGAAAUAAAAAAAAGAAUCUGAAGCACGGGACAGUUAGUGAUAAAGCUUCAAAAAUGGGUUCUGAUAGGGUGCUUAUAUGCCAGCAAUAAAAGAUCUGAGUUCAAAAUAAGACCAAAAAAAAAAAAAAAAUCCCAACCAAACUAUAUAUAGACUACACUGUGAAGGAAGUUUUCAGCAGUGUGAUGACAUUAAAAGUAAAAUUGAUUUCUCCUAGAACACUCCCAGAAGCACUGGUUGUGAUUCUGAUAAACCCCAAUCUGUAAUGACAGUUGUGUGAAAUUGAAAGAGAAUUUCAGUAAUAAUUGAACUGCAGGUUUAGAAGAAUAACUUCCUUACUGCAUAAGGAACUUAAGCAACUUUCUAUUUACUUUGUUGAGACUAACCUCACUGUAGUGCUAAGUGAUACUUAGUUUAAAUGCCUGUGCGGUUGUUCUAAGGGUUAAUGAACCGUGCUUCUUGUUUCUGGUUAUCACUCAGUUGUAAUAGCACAUCUUGCUUGUCUUUGUGUUUUGAAAGAUCUGGAUGCUUAAAUGGCAGUUCUGUUCGUGUAGUGUUCACAUACAGCCUAAAUAUUUUUAAAUGUGUUUUUAAUAAUGUAAAAUAUAUUGGUUUAAUUUGGAUGUGUUUGUACAUCAUUGCUUAUCUCUUGUUUCAACAUGGAGCCCGGUAAUAACAGUGAUAUAAAAUAAAUCUUUCUGAUUUAUGAAGAUUGCACGCUAGGUUUAUUUGUGAGACUUUUAUUUUUAAUGCAUACUGAGUCUACUUUGAGAUAGUAGUUUCUCUUCUGAAGCACUAAUAAUCAAGCUGCUUGAGUUAAAAACUAAAUAAUAGAAGGUAUUUUCAGGAUUAUACAGUACCUGAAAAAUGAGAGGACUUUGGCCGUUAAUGUUGCUAACUUUGAAGAAGGGCAUCAUAGAGUUAUAUUACAGUUGUUACUGGGGUGCUAACUAUGGAUUUUGUUCUCAGUCUUGUUUCUUUAAUGAGCACUUCCCCUACCCUCAACUUCAGACAUACCGCACUUUUUUUUUUUAAGGGAGAGACUAUACUGGUGAAGUACUUGAGAUAAAUUUGUACUUAGAAGAAAGGUACAGGGGCAUAAAUGACUUUUUUCCUUUUGCUUUUUAGCAAGUGUAAUUCUGAACAAAAAAAAACACUACUUGGUCUGGUAAAACACAGCUGGAAACUACUGCUUAUCAUUUAGUGGUGUUCUGCGUUAUUUUUUCUGUAAAUUGUUUAAGUGACAUUGAUUCCUUUUGUUUUAUGAGUGAUAACCAGUUAUGUGGAAUUGAAAUGUCUGCAUGUAUGUUGAUGUAUUCAGUGUUCUGCCUUCUUGAUAAGAAUAAAAAAAUGCUAAUCUUC